UUUUUUUUUUUUAUUAUUAUUGUUUUAUAGAAUUAUGGUUCAAUUCAUACGAGUGACUACUGAAGAUUUUGAUCAUCAAGUUGAAAAGACUUUACAAGACGAAAAAAACAAGGUAUUUGUAUUAUUCUUUGGUACUGAAUUGGAUACAACCAAUGAAUCCUGGUGUCCUGAUUGCGUUGUUGCUGAUCCUUUGAUUCGCAAGUCUUUACUUAAUGUCCCUAAUGCCGUCCUGAUUGAAGCUCCUGUUGGUCUUCGUGAUGAAUGGAAAGGAAAUACUGCUCAUCCUUAUCGUGUCAAAUUCAAUGUGCCUGCUAUCCCUACACUCUUCAAAUGGUCAAAGGCUGGUCCCGGUGCAAAGUUGGUGGAAGAAGAAGCUGCUGAUGUUGACAAGUUGAAUGCUUUUGUACAAAACUGAUUAGACUAGUUAGCUCUCUAUAUGUAUAUAUACACACGUACACCUUUUUAGUUGAUAUGAAAUAAAUAGUUUCAAGUUAUGAAGACAAUAUAGUUGACGACACAUAUGAUUGAUAA